CUUGCGGGGCCCCGCGGGGCGGGGUCCAGGCGGCCCCUACCCUGAGGCAGGGUGACGCCCGCGGUCACUUCACAAGGCAGAAAUUGUUACCUGGGCAAUAAAAGGCACCGCAGCGCGGAGGCCCGGGAGUGGGCACAUGGGGGUGCAGGUGUGCAGGUGCCGAGCACCAUGGGUUAGGCCCGAGAGUGGAGUCCGGCCGCCCCCCGACAGCAGCCGCCUCCUGCUCCCCGCGCACUCCAGGCGCCACCAUGUCGGGCGACAAACUUCUGAGCGAACUCGGCUAUAAGCUGGGCCGCACGAUAGGCGAGGGCAGUUACUCCAAGGUGAAGGUGGCCACGUCCAAGAAGUACAAGGGCACGGUGGCCAUCAAGGUGGUGGACCGGCGCCGCGCGCCGCCGGACUUCGUCAACAAGUUCCUGCCGCGAGAGCUGUCCAUACUUCGGGGAGUGCGGCACCCGCACAUCGUGCACGUCUUUGAGUUCAUCGAGGUGUGCAACGGGAAGCUGUACAUCGUGAUGGAGGCAGCCGCCACCGACCUGCUGCAGGCCGUUCAGCGAAACGGGCGCAUCCCCGGGGGGCAGGCGCGAGACCUCUUCGCACAGAUCGCCGGAGCCGUGCGCUACCUGCACGACAACCACCUGGUCCACCGCGACCUCAAGUGCGAAAACGUGCUGCUGAGCCCGGACGAGCGCCGCGUCAAGCUCACCGACUUCGGCUUCGGCCGCCAGGCACACGGCUAUCCCGACCUGAGCACCACCUACUGCGGCUCUGCCGCCUACGCCUCGCCCGAGGUACUCCUGGGCAUCCCCUACGACCCCAAGAAGUAUGACGUAUGGAGCCUGGGCGUCGUGCUCUACGUCAUGGUCACCGGGUGCAUGCCCUUCGACGACUCGGACAUCGCUGGCCUCCCGCGGCGCCAGAAGCGCGGCGUUCUCUACCCCGACGGCCUCGAGCUGUCCGAGCGCUGCAAGGCCCUGAUCGCCGAAUUGCUGCAGUUCAGCCCGUCGGCGAGGCCCUCGGCGGGUCAGGUAGCACGCAACGGCUGGCUGCGCGCCGGGAACUCUGGCUAGAAGCUGGGGUUCUCGCCAUUCCCGCCGUCCCGAGCACUGCGCAAGCGCAGCGCACACGCGAGAGGCGAGCUUCGCGGGUCCUGCGAAGCCGCCGCGCACCACUGCGCACGCGCCCUUCCCCUUCCCCUUCUCCCUCGACGGCGGGGACCCGCAGUCGUCCCUGUUUGGAAUCUGGUUCCUCCUCCACGAUCCCGAGAGUAGGAGGGUGCAUGUUCUUCCUUGAUUCUUCGUGAAAAGGCCCUGGGAGGGGGCGGCACGAGAGGAGACGGAAGCAUUGCGCCUGCGCGGAAUGAGCGACGGCUGCACAGCCGGCGGUGACUUCCCCAACCAGCCACGCACGUCGGUGGGGACAGCACCCCCAAGACGCCUCCUUGGAACUUGCAAUAAACUCGCUCUUCCUCGCA